AUGGCAAGGGUUAGACUAAGCGUAAGUGAGAAUGUAAGUCUUCGAGUGCGAAGAAGGAAGGGUGACGUCUACGGAGUGAUUGAUCGAGUUGAAGCUACAUUUUGCGACUGCAAGGCUUAUCAGCUGCUGCCCCCAACGAAAACGAUAGGCUUCCUGCAUAGCUAUCCAAAUUCCGGUCUCUCCCGUCCAUUUUGGCGUGUUUCUAUCUUGGAUCUCCUUUUCUCCUAUCUCUAUCUCACUGUAUUAAGUGUUUCCACAUGUGAAUUGGAACGCACAUCCAAAGACUACCGCGACGACGACGACGACGUAGCAGCGAUCGUCCGCAGCCAUGAAAGUCAAGGCGAGCCAACGGCGUAG